AGAGGGAGGGGAGAAGGGAAGAUCGCCGCCGAGUUCCGCCUCAGCAGCCAUGGCCGCGUAGCGUCUCCUCGGCAGCCGCGUUCGGACAUGGGCCUGGCCCGGGCCGGCGGGCUGAGGCAGCGCGUCCCCGCGGCGCAUGAUGUAUGAGUUACAGAGCUUUGGCAGGUCAAAGAGUAAUACCACAUCCAUCAGCUGCUGUGGGGAGCUGCUCAUCUUCUGAAAAAGGUGUAAAAGUUUCUCCAGGUGAGGAAAUAAAAAAAACUACUGGUAGAAUCUUGUAAGAAAGGAGGUAAAUAACAACAUUAACAUGCCUGCUGUGGCAUCUGUACCUAAGGAGCUGUAUCUCUGUACUUCAUUGAAAGAUCUCAACAAGAAGACAGAAAUAAAACCUGAAAAGACCAGUACAAAGAGUUAUGUGCAGAGCGCCCUUAAGAUUUUCAAAGCCGCAGAAGAAAGCAGAUUGGACCGAGAUGAAGAAAAAGCUUAUAUCCUGUAUAUGAAAUAUGUGGCUGUUUAUAAUUUUAUUAAAAAGAGACCUGAUUUUAAGCAGCAACAGGAUUAUUUCCAUUCCAUUCUUGGGCCUACAAAUAUAAAAAAAGCUAUUGAAGAAGCUGAAAGACUCUCAGACAGCCUUAAACUCAGAUAUGAGGAAGCUGAAGUACGGAAAAAACUUGAAGAAAGGGACAGACAAGAGCUGCAGAACAAGCAAGAACCAAAAGAUGAUGGAAAGAGUUCAGCCAAAAGCUCAUCAGAAACUACAGCAGAUUGCAAAGGAAAAAGCCAAAGGAUCAAUGGUGAGACGAAGCAUUCACUGGAAAGAAAGGAUCAGACUGAGAGUUUUAGUGGAGCAGUCACAGCUGAGAAACUGUUCGCAAUGAUGACAGACAAAAGCAUUGAAUUGAUUAUAAUGGAUGCUCGGAGCUUGAAGGACUACCAGGAGUCCUGUAUUCCAAGAUCUGUCAGUGUCCCAGAAGAAGCUAUCAGUCCUGGAGUUACUGCUAGUUGGAUUGAAGCUAGACUCCCAGAGGAUUCUAAAGAUCCAUGGAAGAAGAGAGGACACUUUGAUUAUGUUGUACUGCUGGACUGGUUUAGUUCUGCAGAAGACUUAAAGCUAGGAACAACUCUUAGGAGUCUGAAAGAUGCACUUUUUAAGUGGGAAAGCAAAACUAUACUGCGGAAUGAACCUUUGGUUCUAGAAGGAGGCUAUGAAAACUGGCUCCUCUGCUUUCCCCAGUACACAACAAAUGCUAAAGUAACUCCACCCCAGCAUGGCAGGAGUGAAGCACUAACUGUGUCUUUGGAUUUUACAUAUCCAUCUCUGGAAGAGCCAGCUCCUGCUCCACCUGUAGCCCCUAUAAAGCCUUCUCCAACAGAAGUGGUCGAAAAUGAAGAAACAGGAGCUAAUUUGGAAGAGAGAUUAAAAUCACUGAACAGACCAAGUAUAGAAGGUGCUACUGUUCCAAAACCCAACAGCUCAUUUGUAGUUAAUCCAGCAUCGAUUACAAGAAAUAUCCCUGAGGUUGAUCGUUCUAAAAAGCCUUCCAUAAAAAUACCUGAUGAUGAUAAACCAAAACCCGAAAGUACGCCCAGUGACAGCCAACCUAUUGAGAAUGGCCGUGUGGUUCCAGACCGGUCCACAAAGCCAUUACUUGAUGCUAAGAGUGUUCUAACAGAAGAAGAAAAAAGCCGUGUGCACGCAGAAACUGCUGCCCUGAUGGAGAAAAACAAACGAGAAAAAGAACUGCGGGAGAGGCAGAAGGAAGAACAAAAAGAGAGACUCAAGCGAGAAAAGGAAGAACAAGAGCAAAAGGCAAAGGAAGAACAGAGAGAAAAGGAACACAAAGAAAAGCAAUCCAAAGAGGAGAGGGAACAGAAGGAGAGAGACGAGCAGAUAAAAAGAGAACAGGAGGAGAAGGAAAAAGAAAAAGCACGCAAAGAAGCAAUAGAAGCAAAAAAGCAAAAUAAAAAUGAACUAGAAGGCAUUGAUGCAACAAAGGUUGAGACUGACAAGAUAUCUGUAGAAAGAAGAGAAAAGGGCACUCGAACACCAGAUACGCAGAGACGUGCACUGGGUGAUGCAUCUCCAAGCAAGCAAACUGAGGUUAAAGGACAACCAGACAGUGGAGCUCAAAAGCCAGGACCCCUUAGAGAGGAUUCUGAACAAGAUACUGAAAGACUUAAAUCUCAGCGGGAGCCAUUGAUCAGAGCCCGAAGUGAAGAAAUGGGGAGGAUAAUACCAGGACUGCCUGAAGGUUGGGUAAAGUUUCUGGAUCCAAUCACUGGAACCUUUCGUUACUAUCACUCGCCAACAAACACUGUUGAGAUGUACCCACCAGAAAUGGCUCCCUCGUCCACGCCUCCAGCUACUCCACCAACCCGCAAACCCAAGCCACAGCUGGCUGCUGAGCGGGAACGAGAACACUCCAAACUGAAGCGCUCCUACUCGUCCCCAGAUAUAACCCAAGCCAUUCAGGAGGAAGAGAAGAAAAGAAUUCCUGUAACUCCUGCAGUCAAUCGUGAAAAUAAACCAGUCUAUUACCCUAAAACAGAAAUUUCAAGACUCUCUGCAUCACAGAUUAGGAACCUUAAUCCUGUGUUUGGGGGAUCGGGACCAGCUCUUACAGGACUUCGUAAUCUAGGGAACACUUGCUAUAUGAACUCCAUACUACAGUGUCUGUGCAACGCACCUCACCUGGCUGAGUACUUUAACAGAAACUUGUAUCAUGAUGAUAUUAACAGGUCCAAUUUCCUGGGGCAUAAAGGUGAAGUGGCUGAAGAGUUUGGAGUAAUAAUGAAAGCUUUGUGGACAGGACAGUAUAAAUAUAUCAGUCCAAAAGACUUCAAAAUUACAAUUGGGAAGAUUAAUGACCAGUUUGCAGGAUAUAGCCAGCAAGACUCCCAGGAGCUGCUUCUCUUUCUAAUGGAUGGCUUGCACGAAGACCUCAAUAAAGCUGACAACAGGAAAAGAUACAAGGAAGAAAACAACGAUCAUCUCGAUGACCUCAGAGCAGCAGAACUAGCCUGGCAGAAGCACAAACAGCUCAACGAAUCCAUUAUUGUGGCACUCUUCCAAGGCCAGUUCAAAUCAACAGUGCAGUGUCUCACAUGUCACAAGAAGUCCCGGACCUUUGAGGCUUUCAUGUAUUUGUCCUUACCGCUUGCAUCCACCAGUAAAUGCACACUGCAGGAAUGCCUUAGAUUGUUCUCCAAAGAGGAAAAGCUCACCGAUAACAACAGAUUUUACUGUAGCCAUUGCAAAACUCGAAGGGAUUCCUUGAAAAAAAUAGAAAUUUGGAAAUUACCACCUGUGCUUCUCGUGCACCUGAAACGAUUUUCCUAUGAUGGAAGAUGGAAGCAAAAGCUUCAGACCUCUGUAGAUUUCCCAUUGGAAACACUUGACCUUUCACAGUAUGUUAUUGGUCCAAAGAAUAAUUUGAAGAGAUACAAUCUGUUUUCAGUAUCAAAUCAUUAUGGGGGGUUGGAUGGAGGGCACUACACAGCCUACUGCAAAAAUGCCUCAAAACAGCGCUGGUUUAAGUUUGAUGACCAUGAAGUAUCUGAGAUCUCAGCAUCAUCUGUGAAAUCCUCAGCUGCAUACAUUCUCUUCUACACUUCUUACGAACAACGAGCAGUGGAUAUGGCCACAUAAACUAAUAUGGGUUAAGAAAACUGUUUUUCUUUUUAUAAGAACAAAGUAGUUAUGGGAAGGCAAAUGAACAUGCAAAGCUAUGGCAGAUGUAGUCAUUAAAGUUAUGGGGAUGGUUGCAGCAGCUUCUCUGCAAGCAAGCUCUUUAUGGUCAGUACUACUGCUUAAAUGAGUGAUUAAUAAUGCUUGUGGUAAUACUGCCAUCUGUGAAACCAUUUAAAGCAUACUUUGCAUUACCAUUUAUUAAAAAAAAACAACUAUAUUUUUAGUCUGCUCCAAAAUCAAAUUCUAGCUUAGUCAUCUGAACUCUAUUAACAAGUAGCUGAAAAUGUCUAAAAUUCCCAAGGCAUAUCUUGAUUUUUAUCUUCAUUCUUUCACUGUUAUGGCCUUUUCACAUUUCUAACCUUAAGCUUGAUUCUACUGUGAAUACUCUAGAAUGAUGUAAACAGUUAGGAAUGUAAGUGUACAUAUUGAUUGCAUACUUGCACAUCAGAACUAUGUAUAUAAUAAAACGUUGUCCUUUUUGUGAGAAACUCUAAAACUCAGAGGAUUGCUUAAUUUGCCAGCUCUUAAGUAACUGCAACACAACUUAUUUAAAAGAAAAAAAAGCAGAGCUGUAUUUUUUUGUUAGCUUUUGUCAAUAUUUGUGCACUUCAGAGUUACUCUAAACAAACAAGACUUUCCUUUUUAAUUUUUUUAAUAUAAAUUUUCAUGUAUACAUGCAUUAAAAACCUUAAGAAAUGAUUUAAAAAUAUAUCCUGUUAAACAUAUGUUUGGGUUUGUUUUCAUUCUCUGCUGGUUUUGUAAGGGUCAGGGUUCUACAAAAUGACAGUCUGAGUCAUUCACACAGUUUAAAGGCUCUUCAGAUGAAGAGACUGCUACUUUUUGUAGAACUAGUUAGUUUAGAAACUGUUUGAUUUCAAUCUUGUGCAUUGUCCUGGUCUGGAAUUGGGUUGGUUUUCCUUCUCUGAUUAGACUGGCAUUCAAAAAUCUUAAAUCCUACAAUCCAAAUUCCUAUCUGUCUACAUGCAUACAUAACCAACAGAGAAACGGGAACCUUCAGGUAAGCACAUGUGCAUGCUCAGCAGUUCUACUCUUUUGAGGGGUCUGUGAAGUUUGUUGUGGAAAACAAACAUCAGAGCUUAGACAAAGGGAGUGGAUGUGUGUUCCUUAGCACACUUGGAAGCUUCCAGACUUCUCUUAAGAAAUUAUUUCCUGGAAGUCUGCAGCAGAUGAUGAGGUAAUAUGAAUGCUCCAAUUUAAUGAUGGAACAGAAUGUAGCUAAUACUGCAUGAGUUCUAACGGCAGUGCUCUAUACUCACUGUUGGCUUUUCAUGGCUGUUGACUAUUUGUGGGUGCAGAAAAGGCCUGACAGGUGUACAGCAGGUGAUCAGCUCUGUCAGACUGCACUGAGGAGUUCAGGAUCUUGGUGAUCUGCAGAUUAUCAAAGCUGUGUGAGCUGUUGGUGACUGAGUGCUUGCAGAGUGCCAGAGUAGUUCUGUAACAGACAGCACAGUCUGUUAAAACUCUCCUUACAGGCAAAGCUGAGAUUUGGCAAUUGUCUUUUGUUUGCACUUGAAGGAGGCAAGAGAAGAUUCUCCUUUGGGGCUGCAGAAAGGAAUAUUAAUUCUAAGAAAUGCUUUAAAACAGAGCAAAGAAACACUUCAUAGAUUACUAUCAUGCUUACCUAUUUUGCAAUAUUAAAUGCGAAACCCAGGUGUUGGCCCCCAGUACAGGUCACUAUAAGCAGAGAGUGACAGAAGAGCCCACUUGAUCCUUAUUUAUGGGCACAUAGGAUCAGUUUGUGCAGAAAAGGCUGAGGAGGCUGCUGCCAGGAACACGUGCUUUUUAAAACUGGGAUGUGGAGAGAAGGGUAGAGAGGUGCUAACUAACUUCUCUGUUUGGUUACAUACUGUGACUACUGUAUCUCUGGCUGAAGAUGAAACUUACCUGGAUUCUGCUGUUGUGCAUUUCUCUCAAUGGAUGCUUAAUUUAGGUCGACAGUGGUCAGUAAUAAAAUUCCAACAUCAACUAUAUAAACAUGGUAGAUGAUUAGUCAAGGAAAGAGGGACCAUUUCUUUCAUGUGCUCUAACUACAAUUAAAAGAAACCAAGCACCCUUUUUUCAUUAGGGUGUACCACUUCCUGAUGAAAAAUGUGUUCAGGUAGUCAUGGUUUUGUUCAGGAAACUUCAGUUUACCAGAUGUAUUUGUAGACCAAACUGGGAGCGGUGGGAGGUGCUGGGUGUUUUGUUGGGGUUUUUGUAUGUUUGUGUGCUUUCCAAACUGCUGGAUGUUUAAGUGCCUGGAUCAGAGGCAGCUCUAAGUCCAAACAAACCCAGGCUUUAUCUGUUACACUGGACAGGGUGUUACACACAGAAGUAGGAAAGGCAAAGCUCAACAUUAGAGCACACAAGCUGUACCUGAAUUCUUGCAGAAAAAUGGGUAACUAUAUGGAGAGAGAUCUGUAUUGCUGAGUGGAUAGCAGAUGUCAGUGAAGAGUUUCCUUUUGUAGUUGCCUUGCCACUCAAACUUGAAAUAAAAUUUUGAACUAUUUUAAA